ACACACGUCCAAACAUACCCAUCACUUGUAAUGUAAACACAAAUGUCUUUAUCUUUCUUUCUUUCUUUCUCUCUACCAAACGAAAGCUCAUUCUGUAGCUUGACUUGUUGUACGUGAAAUUAUAAUAACUUUGUUAUAAAGCCAGCAGCAGCACCACCACCACCACCAUACCCAAUAUAACAAACCCAUUUUCAAGUUCUAUAAACUUAUAGCUAGGGUUGUUUUUCUUUUUUCUUUUUUCCUAUAUUCUCAUCAACCACCAAGCUAGCUAGCUAUAUUCUUUCUUUUUGUCUGUCUCUCAGUCCACUUCACAUAUACUUUUAUUAUUUUCUUUUGCUUAUUUGGAUUGUUGAUGAAGAAAUGAGAGAUAGAAUGGAAAGGCUUGUUCUUCUUCCUUUUUCCAUUGGUUGCGUCUCUGAAUCAAGUGUGGCUAUAGGUCAUCAUGUACACCAUCCAAGAGGAUCCAAACCACCUCCUGAUUCUAACCCAUCUCCCAUAAUAAGAACAAAAGAAGAAGAUGAGGAAAGUUUAUCAAGUACCGAAAGUAUGAAGAAUGCAAUGAAAGUCUUUGCUCUUUCCAAGCCUAACAUAUCAAAUCGAUUUCACAGGAUAGUCAAGGGUUUCAAGACCUUCUCUCAAUUAUUUGUGUAUGAAGAAGAAAUUGAAGAAUUGGAAAUGGAAAUAGGGCUUCCAACAGAUGUGAAGCAUGUGACACACAUAGGAUGGGAUGGAUCAGCAAAUACCAAUCCAAUUCAAGGAUGGGAAAAUCUCAUUUCUCCUGAAUUACUCACUCUUCAGCCUCCUAAUUCUUUAAGGCAAUUUGAGCUUUCAAUGGCUGCACAAACUGAUCAUCAUUCACCUCUUCUUAGGCCUUCUUCUGCUUAAUAAUUAGUCUGUCUGACUGUCUCUCUCUCUCUCUCCAUGUGUAUGUUGAUCAUAUAUAUAUAAAAACUUUGUUGAUCAAA